AUGACCAGAGGCCACGGGGACCUGUCCAGUCACCACUCUGACCUCCCGGAAGAGAGUCACGGCCACCUGUCCCCAGACCUGACCCCAGUCGCCAAGAGAGCCAGAGCCCCUAGGGCCAACUGGUCGACCCCAGGUGACAGGGACGAAAGAGGGACGCGGACCCCACGACGAGCCGGAGCGGGACCAGUCCCUGCCGACACCAGCCAGGACAGGACCCAGACGGAUGGGGACGCGAGCCCCUGCCGCGGUCCCCGGCCCAACCCGCGCAAGGGAGUCCCCAGCUGCUCUCGCCAGGGCUCGGUCAAAGAAGGCCGUGCGGGCCCCCUGUCGUCCUCCCGGGCCAAACCAACCCGUGCGACGCGGCCCCGCCCCGCCCGGCUCCGCUCCGCUCUCUUCAGGUCCCGGGGACAGCGCCUGGGAGUGCUGGUCGACCCGCUCGGGCUGCCACCCAACGUUUCCCGGGCCCUGGAGCGCGCAGACAGGCAACCCGCACACUAUGCCUGCCGGUCCAACCUCCCGCCAGUAGGUCACACAAGCCCGCCCCAGCAGGCCGGCGGCAGUUCCGCUGGUGUCACCCAACUCCUGGGACUCUGUCUCGGUCACCGCCACCACAUGUCACUCCUUGGUGACUUCCGAAUGCGAGAAGUUCGUAUAAAAGCGGCCACCAGGUGGAGCCCGACAACCGCCACCAACAUCAGGCACAAGAGACUCGGAACGUCGUUCCGUGUCAGCGGGACCAGCUCCGAAGGGGGCGUAGAAAGCCACCAGGACGUGCCCCACCAGCCGGGGCGCCCUGCCAGCCACCACCCCCCCCCCCGCCCCGAGGGGCACGAGCAGCCACCGCUCUGCCCAGAGGCCCUAGAAAGCCCGGCGGGGACACAGGGGCGGUCUCGGACCGCCUGCAAAACCGAAACCACGAAAGGAGGACACGCGAGGAAACGGAACAAUCAUCGCUCCGAUUCCACCCUCUCGCUGCCGGGGAAAGGGAGAAGCAGGCAAGAGAGACUCUGAGAGACCGAAAGACAAGUCUGGGUUCAUGCCCCAAGUCCAAAGAGAGAAUACCAGGACUUCCGGGGAUGGUGUCCUAAUAUGAUUUCAUUUCAGUUCAUUUCAUUCCAAUCGUUCCCGCUGACGGAAGCAUCCAGGUCAAGAAACCCACAGAGCAGAGUCCAAUAGGUGACUCCAGAGGAGCAGGAUGUGCCAUGUGCCUCAAUCACUCUCACCAGGAACAGGGUGCUCUCACUGAACUCACCCUGGAAAAGAUGCUUCAGUACACGUGCCAUUCCGACAACACACCCCCUCCCCAAUCCAAGGCAGCGCGAAGUACGAAAACUAAAUCCAUGUUUGCUUUUCAUUCA